AUGACAGUAAGGAAGGAAGCAGGUAAGUUUCUGAUACCAAAUCCUCCAAAAAUCAAUCUGCCCUUGUUUACUGGGGAGAAUUCUGGAGAAUGCAUCAGAAAAUGCAAUGAAUACAACUUAAACUACCAAAUUCCCGAAGAGCAAAAAGUGGAAGUCAUAGAAAUGUAUUUGGAAGGGAGGGCGGACAAAUGGUUUCAAGGAGUUAAACUGGAAAAACCAGGGAUAACUUGGAGAAUGUUCGAAGAGCUGCUAUAUAAGAUAUUUGAUAAUAGAAAUGGCAAGGACGUGGUAGAAGAAUUCAACAAACUGCAACAAGCUAGAAAUGUGGAAGAGUACCAAGAGAGGUUUGAAGAGCUCAAAACCCUUAUGAUGAUUAAGAAUCCGCAUCUAGAUGAGGAGUAUUUUAUAUCUAGCUUCAUCAGUGGGCUCAAGGAUGAAAUCAAGACCAUGAUAAGGAUGUUAAGACCUACAACUUUGUCUCAGACCUUUGAAAUGGCUACGUUGCAAGAAGAUGCAUUGAGGCUUCAAACCAGAACCUCUAAAGAUGGCUGGAAAACAAUUCCUAAAAACAUAUUUGGAAUCUCUAGGAAUUCUUCCCAACAACAAAUCCACAGCUCAUACUGUAAAGUGCCUUCUACCUGUACAUUGAAGAACACUUCAUUCAAAGGCAAGCCAAUUUCUUCUACAGAUUCUGAACCCAAGAAGAUCUCAGCUCAAGAGGUACAGUAUAGAAGGAAUAAUGGACUUGUUUCAAGUGUGGAGAAAAAAGAAGAGGAAUCUGAAUUUGAGGAUGCCCUGGGGGAACAAGAUGAAUCCAUAGGGAAUCCAGGACAAGUCAUGGAGAUGUCUUUACAUGCAUUGUUUGUGGCCAUGAAGAGGAAAACAAUAACGCUAAUAGGGAAGCUAGAUUGUGAAGAGACGUUGAUCUUGGUUGACACUAGGAGUUCAGAUAGUUAUAUUAGCAGUGAAAAGGUAAUUGCCUUUGACAUUCCAUAUCGACUAGUUGAUCCUUUCUCUAUAAUUGUUGGGAAUGGAGCUUGUGUAACCAGUAAAGCCAUAUGCCCAAAAGUAGUGUGGGGAAUUAACCAAUACAAGUUCUGUUAUGACCUCAAGGUGAUGGAUUUAAGUAGUUGGGAUAUAAUAUUAGGGGUGGACUGGAUGACUCAUUUUAGCCCAAUUACUUUUGACUUCCAUCAGCUGACUAUCUCUUUGCACAAUCAAGGGGAAGUGGUACAAGGACAAACAGAAAACUGUGUUUUAGAUCUUAUUAGGGGUGGUGAUCUGAGAAAUUUUAUUGAAUAUAAGAAACAGAUGUGCUUAGCUAUGAGAAUAGGGCAGGAUAAUCCAUCAGGGGAGUAUGUUAUGCCUACUGAAGUUCAAGAAAUCAUUGAGGAAUUUGCCAAUGUCUUUGAGACCCCUACUAAGUUGCCCCCUACUAGAGAAAUAGAUCAUGAAAUUCCAUUGAAACCUGGGUCUCAGCCCUUUAAAAUGAAGACGCAUAGAUAUCCUCACUCCUAG